AGUUGACGUCAUCCAGCUGCGCUUAGAAUGUGAAACGUGUUUGUGUUUUGCCUUGGAACUAUUUUAUUAUACUUGAAUAUUUUUUGUUGAUUUUUAGUAUUUCAUGGGAUUAUUCACGGUAUAGUCAGAAACGCAUAAUAUACGUAGCUAAUAAUGUCAUUGUUCCUUGUAAACAGAUAUCUCGGCGAGGAAGAUGGUAACGAUAAUAAAGACAGUCGGUCUCAGACUUUACUGGCAAAACUUAAGGAGAAAGCCAAAGAGCGACAGAAGCAUUGUGGCUCUGAAUCCACACCAUCAGAAGAAAACACCACUCCUAUAGAUUUAAAAAAGAAAAGAAAAAUGCAAGUGGUUGGUAGUAGUGACAAUGUGAAAGAGUCAGACCAGGAUGAAGAUGUGAUCCAGAAGAAGAAGAAAAAGUCUGCAGUAAGGCAACAAACUGAUAUACAAACUCCAGCUACUGGAGGCAAGGACAUGAGCAAAGACCAAGUCAAAGAUUCCCCACAAACUCCUGAGAAGUCCGCUGCUGCAGGGUUCCCUGUUCUUGGAAGAUUUUCCAAAAAAAACAUACUAAAGGUGAAUAGAGUGCUGCCUCAGUGGCUGGCUAAGCCUGACCUUAUUCAUCAAAACAUUAAAGAUAAUCUUCAUCCACUCUCAGAAGUGCCACUACUGUGUGCUCACCUGCUCAAGAAACUCCAGAGCAAUCAUAUCCAGCAUCUUUUUCCAGUUCAGGCAGAGGUUAUCCCAGCUAUCCUUGAGAGUUCCCAUCAUGGACUGUUGAUGGGUCCUGGGGGCCACAGACCCAGAGACAUCUGUGUGUCAGCUCCCACUGGCAGCGGCAAGACACUUACUUUUGUCCUCCCUGUUAUUCAGGCGCUGAUGCAGAGGGUGGUCUGUGAAGUGAGAGCUUUAGCUGUGCUACCCACCAAAGAGCUUGCCCAGCAGGUGUGGAAAGUGUUCUCAACAUAUGCAGAUGGCACGCAACUCAAGGUGGUGAUGGUGGCAGGACACAAGUCACUGGCAGCUGAGGAAGCUUCACUUUCAGAAGUCAGAGGUGGUCAAAGGCGCAGUCUUGCAGAUAUUGUUGUGGCUACUCCAGGGCGCCUUGUUGACCACAUCAACAAAAACUCCAGUCUCUGUCUGGAACAUCUGCGGUUUCUUAUAAUUGAUGAAGCAGACAGAAUGAUUGACAGUAUGCACCAGUCCUGGCUCAGUCAGCUGGUCAAAGCUGUGUAUGUAUCAAAAACAGAAGCAAACUGUCUCUUUAGGAGGCCAGAGGCUGUACAUCUCACUGCAGCUAGUCUUUGCCCUGCUCAAAUGCCACUUCAGAAGCUGUUAUUCUCUGCGACUCUUACACACAACCCAGAAAAGCUCCAACAGCUCGGCCUGUACCAGCCACGUCUCUUUACCUCAGCUCAUCAAGUGUCAGAACCUGCCUCAGUUCCUACCCCAACACCGGAGCGCUUUCAUUUCCCCCAAGGGCUAACAGAAUACUAUGUCCCAUGUACACUGAGUAAGAAGCCUUUGGUCCUGUUGCACUUUGUCACUUGGAUGAAGCUUAGCCCUGUCCUAUGUUUCACCAACUCCAGAGAGGCAGCUCACAGACUGGUAUUGCUGCUACAGUUAUUUGGAGGCAUCAAGGCAGUGGAGUUCUCCUCCAGACUAAGUCCAGGGGAGAGGAGGAGGACACUGAAGGAGUUUCAGCAGGGAAAGAUCCAAGUGCUUGUGAGCACAGACGCUGCGGCGCGAGGUAUUGACAUCAGCGCUGUUAAGUGUGUGAUAAACUAUGAUGCACCACAGUUUGUACGGACAUACAUUCACAGAAUCGGGCGAACAGCAAGAGCGGGCAGAGCUGGGCUGGCCUUCACCUUCCUGCUGCAAGUACAGGAGAAGAAUUUCUUGCAUAUGGUGAGAGAGGCAGGCAGUCCCGGGAUCCAGAAACAAAUGGUCAAACCAGAACUUCUCAAAAGUCUGGAGGAGCGUUACGAACAGGCACUGAGAGAGCUAGCUGGGAUCAUCAAGGAGGAGAAGACCAAGUGAGGAGUGUCACUGGACCCACUUCUGAAAGUUUCUCAGGUGGAAAUGAAAUGGUGUAGUUGAUAAAUUUGACUGUGUAGUCAGUUAACCCAAGAAAAUAAAGUACUUUGUCAAUGGCAAAAACAUAAAGAAACAGCUGAAUAACAGAGAAGUAAUAAACAAUUUGAUAUA